CCGCCCAGGAGGUUGAAAGUCUUGGGGGUCAUCAUAGCCCUAGAUUUCUCCCAGAAGUUCUCAAGCUCCAGCACCCAAACGCAGAAGACUCCGAAGCUGCUCUCUUCGCAAUCCCACCGGCAUUCGCGCUCCUAGAUCCUUGCCAGAGCGGGACCGAGGGUGCUUCGAAGAUACCCCUUCGGACGUCAGCCAGGAACAGCGAGGCUGGCGCACCCCAGUCCUCAAAGUUGCCCGUUGAUUGCCUGCAACCUGCAUCGCCGUCGGAGGCGGAGAUAGAGCCUGGGAUGACGGCCGAAAGCCCUCAACCGACGGGUUGCGCGGUGAGCCGGCCCGACGCCGAAGCCGAAGCCGCCUCUAGGCUUCCCGCGCUGGUGAAGAUGGAGCCGGCACCCCCCGGAGAGGCCCUGGAGCCGGAGCCGUCGGAAGAAGACGUGAUGGGAGGUUCGCGGCCUAUCGGGCGCCGCAGGAAACGGCCGGUCCAGCGCGGGAAACCCCCGUACAGCUACAUCGCGCUCAUCGCCAUGGCCAUCGCGCACUCUCCGGAGCGCCGCUUGACCCUGGGCGGCAUCUACCGCUUCAUCACCGAACGCUUCCCCUUCUACCGCGACGGGCCUCGCAAGUGGCAGAACAGCAUCCGCCACAACCUCACGCUCAACGACUGCUUCGUUAAGGUGCCCCGAGAGCCCGGCCGGCCGGGCAAAGGCAGCUAUUGGGCCCUCGACCCCCACGCCCGAGACAUGUUCGAGAGCGGCAGCUUCUUGCGCCGCAGGAAGCGCUUCAAGCGCAGCGACCUUUCCACUUAUCCGGCCUACAUGCACGAGGCGCCGGCCCAGCCCGUGGGGCCUUCCCUGAGCUCGGCCUACGCCCCUCCUGCUGCUCUCUGCUAUCCUUCCCAGCCGCCCCUUUUCAGCCUGGGGCCCCUUAUGGCCCAGCCAAGCCCGGAGCUGGUGCAGCAGCAUAGCCUGGACAUAAACACUUCUCCCGGCAAUGCCUGCUCCUUUGCUGGGUCCGCAGCUUACUCCAACCAGGCCUGCACCUCAGCCUCUGGCCUAGGCAGGGCCCACAACACCAUGCCUUACUCUUAUGCCAUCCCCAGUGCCCAGCAGCUCCAGGUUAACCAAGGCUCUUAUUCCCAGAGCAGCAACAGUAACCUCUUUGGGGCUUCUGCCCGUCUAGGAGUACCUACCUCACCCCCCAUCACUAAUGACAGCAUGGAUUUCUAUGGUAGGAUGUCGCCUAGCUCCUACAGCUCUUUGGCUCACGGGUACAAUGCCAGUGGGCAGCUCAGCAGUCCCGGAGCCUACCUGCGCCACACCUCUUACCCCAGUAAUAUGGAAAGGUUCGUUUCGGCCAUCUGAAGCCAAGGAGGAACUUGGUUGGGGGAAAAAGAGAGCAAGGCAGGGCAGGGGGAGGGUGAGACCUCCGGUUAUAUUAUCUUCCCCUUUGGGCUUAGAUUACCAUCACGAGCACGUUACCCUGCACUGGCAGAAGGGUUGUGUUCAUUCGGUGCGCCUGCACAUCGAUAUGCCAAUCGGCGCCAUUAUUUAAGUCUGUAAGAGGAACAGGACAAUGGAGGUGUCCACAGUACAAGGCUGAUGUAAAGAUUUAACUUUGUGAAGUGAAUGCACUAUACAGGAUGAAGCUAAUGACUCUGCUGCGUAGGUGUGGCUGUUGAGAAGACACAGGGGACCCUUUCGUGCUGUGAGCUAUGAAACGCACCACCUGUCAAAACCAAAGGCAAUGCAACAUAUUAGACCUUUUUGUGUGCUUUUCCAUUCCUGUUAACUCUCCUCCACUUUUUCUUUUGUGAGCUCCCUCUUUAUAAAAUAAUCUGUUGUAGCAGUAGCCUCAAUAAGUAGUAAGCUUUUUCUUUUUCAUUUUUUUUACCUAGCCCAAUUAUUAGCAAUAUUAUGAAUAACUAGUAGGUGUAUGCUUAAUACCCUCGAUGUCAAGUUUUCAGUGACUCACAAGUUCAUUUGGAGAAAUAAAUGUGGAGUCAAUGAUUCACCCUUCUGUUUGAAUGCUUUCUGCUGGCUUUGGAAAUGCAAUAAAUAACCUUUGAAACUGA